AUGGAAGAGCUGGAAAGCAGCGUAUUCCAGACGCGGAGAGCGCACCGGCUAGAACAGAUGGUGGCGAGAUGGCUGCGGCGCUCGCGGGACAGCUCCGCCCGGGCUAAAGUCGCUGCUGCCGACGGGCCCCCUGGGACCCCAACGCAGACCCUCACCCCCGUGAGGCACACGGUCAGGAUAGACAAAGAUGCCCUCCUCCAGGACUAUGGAUUUCACGUUUCUGAGAGCCUUCCCCUCACGGUGGUGGCCGUGACGGCAGGAGGCUCUGCUCACGGCAAGCUUUUCCCGGGCGAUCAGAUCCUCCAAAUGAACAAUGAGCCUGCCGAAGACCUUUCCUGUGAGCGAGCCGUGGAUAUCCUCAGGGAAGCUGAAGAUUCUCUCUCCAUCACGGUUGUUCGCUGCACGUCGGGAGUCCCCAAGUCCUCCUUCCUGACCGAGGAGAAGAGAGCCAGGCUGAAGACCAACCCCGUGAAGGUGCACUUCGCGGAGGAGGUGCUCGUCAGUGGACACAGCCAGGGUAAUUCUCUGCUGUGCAUGCCCAAUGUGCUUAAGCUGUACCUGGAGAACGGACAGACCAAAGCGUUCAAGUUUGAGGCCAACACAACCGUGAAGGACAUCAUCCUCACGGUGAGGGAGAAGCUGUCCAUCCGCAGUAUCGAGUACUUCGCGCUGGUGCUGGAAGAGCAGUACAGCGUCUCCCGACUGCACCUGCUGCACGAGGAGGAGCUCAUCCAGCAGGUGGUGGAGAGGGAAGGGUCCUGUGACUCCCGCUGCCUCUUCAGGGUGUGUUUUGUUCCCAAGGACCCCCUGGACCUCCUGAAAGAAGAUCCCGUGGCCUUUGAAUACCUCUACCUGCAGAGCUGCAGUGAUGUGCUCCAGGAGCGCUUCGCGGUGGAGAUGAAAUGCAGCUCGGCGCUCCGCCUCGCCGCCCUGCACAUCCAGGAGCGGAUCUACGCCUGUGCCCAGCCCCAGAAGAUCUCUUUGAAGUACAUAGAGAAAGACUGGGGAAUUGAGAACUUUAUCUCUCCAACUCUACUCCGAAACAUGAAAGGCAAGGACAUCAAGAAAGCCAUUAGUUUCCAUAUGAAAAGGAACCAGAAUUUGCUGGAACCCCGACAGAAGCAACUUAUUUCUGCUGCUCAGCUCCGUUUAAAUUAUCUGCAGAUCCUUGGGGAACUCAAGACCUACGGCGGGAAAAUCUUUAAUGCUACUUUAAUGUUACAGGACAGAGAAUCCUACAUUGCCAUCUUAGUAGGAGCCAAGUACGGCAUUAGCCAGAUUAUCAACAGCAAGCUCAACAUCAUGUCCACGUUGGCCGAGUUUGCCAACAUCAGCCGCGUCGAGCUCACGGAAGAGUCUGAGAAAGUGAGCAUGGUCAAAGUGUACCUCCAAGACGUCAAGGUUCUGACUUUGCUGCUCGAAUCCAACAGUGCAAAAGACCUCGCCUGCCUGAUCGCUGGGUACUACAGGCUGUUCGUGGACCCAGUCACCUCCAUUUUCCUCUGGCCUGGAAACAAACAACAAGGGCACCGAGUGUCUGCUGAAGAAGGCUACGAGUCCAGGGCCUGCAGCGACUCGGAGGAGUCCUCGGAAGCAGACUGCGUACCGGAGCCCCUCUCCGAGAGUUGCCUGGGCCAGCUGGGCUCCUGCAGACCACUCGCCAAAGCCGAGCGGCGGCCUGGGAACAGUGGCGUGCCCGAGGCGGCCAGGAGAGGCCCGAGCACCUGCGGGGCCAGCAGCACGACAGACAGCGCCGAGUCCGAGGCCUCCGACUCCGCCAACACGGAGAGCCGGGGCUGCAGGACCAGCGGCUCGAGCGAGUCCAUGGACGCGCUGGAGGAGGACGACCUGGACGCCUGCUCCGCCAGCGGCGCCUCCUUCUUCCACUUUGGCUCGCCAGCCUUCCCCGAGAGCCUGGGCUCUGCCUGCCGGGAGGAGAGGGGCAGGCUGGGAGCCGGCGGCUUCUUCUGUCUGCUGGACUUGGCCCAGGGAGCCGGCCCUCCGUGCCAGAAGGCGGAGUUGUCCCAGAGUCCCGCUCCCGAGGCCUUCGGCUGUGGGGCAGAACUCAGCACAGCCAGGCUGGACCCCAGGCUCUAUGAGGGCAGCCGGUUCGACUACUACAGCCUGUGCUCCAGCGUCUCCCCGGUCAGCCACCUCAGCGACAGCUCGGACAGCACCGCGUCCCGGGGACAGCAGGCCUGGCCGGAGCCCCAGCCCAGCUCCAUGCCCCCGCCACCCCUGGCCCCUGAGGACGGCAGCUCGGAUGAAGAAUACUAUGACGCGGCCGACAAGCUCACACCCCCGGACAGCCUGGCAGGGCCCAGAGCCACCAUUGCUGCCGCAGAACCCAGUGGCCCGAGAGCGCAGGGUGAGGCCGGCACCUGCAGCUCGGCAGACAGCGCACGCCCCGGGCCCGGCGGCAGCGAGACGAGCAGAAGGGGUGGGCUGAAGAAGUACCCCAAGAGCCUGAGGAAAAGGCGGUCCCUCCUGCAGACCGAGUAUACCUCGCAGGUCUCCUUCCCCCUGGCGCCGGCGGCCUCCCUGGAGAGCCUAGACGACGUGUGCUACUACGACAGGGAGCCUUACCUCGCCCUGGGGGCCCCCUCGCCCACCGUGUCCUCCCUGCAGCACGUGCAGGGGGAGCCGGGCCUCCUGGAGACCAAGGCCCUGGGGCUGCUGGCGCCGCUCAGGGAGACCAAGAACAAGAACCCCGCGUCCAGGAUCAUGGAGAUGGAGCCCGAGACCAUGGAGACCAAGUCGGUCAUCGACUCCCGCGUGUCUUCCAUUUCUGCCAUUCGCCUCCGGGUUGACCCCGCUCAGAAAGAGAACUCCGGGGCUGCCCCUGUAACUGUCUCCGCGGGCGCCCCCUGCUGUUCUAACCUGGGGCUUCCUGGCCCAGACACUGCACAGACCAGACCUUGCCAAACCUUCCCUCCGCUUCAGGCCCCACCGAGCAGUGCCCCCAAAGAGCUCAGCGAGGAGCCCGGGGACAGCGGCCCCCCUAACCCAGACAGAGUGCCCCCGGCCAGCAGCCCAGGACCGCCAAACGGCCCUCAGGGAGACACCUGCGAGCUGGCAGGGCUGCGGCUGGAAGCGGGCCUGGGCUCGUCCUGUACGAAUCACGGGCAAGAAGCGGGCCCCCGGCACCCAGGGCCAUCGCGGCCUGCCAGGGAUGGGCCUGGGAGCAACGAAGGGGGAAUCAGCUCGGCAGGGGACAUGAGCCCGAUCCCUGCAGAGGAGGGGCAGCAAGGACAGCCGUCUUCGGGAAGUGACAGCUGGGUUCCGAACAAAGAUGGCACCAGCGGAUCUCGGGAGGAAGCUGGGAGGGAUUCGGGUGGCGCUGAGGGUUCCGUGUCACACACCGAGCCACAGGCCCCGGCUGGUGGGGUGAUGACCUCCCUCCCCUUGGAGCCUCCUGGGAUGGGUGUGGAGCAGACCCCACUGCCUCCCCCGGGACACCCCCUGGAACAAAGCAGAAAAACCCCCGGCCAGGCCUGCCAGACCCAGGAACAAGAACUAUUGGUGGAGUUAGAUUUGGAGCCUGAUUUCUUACUUGGGGAGCAGACCGUUCCCUCAGCCUUCCCUCCAGUGGGGGUCAAGGCAGAGCCACUUAACCACGUGCCGAGAGAAGACACAGCCCCAAGGGACGAAGCUCAGCAAGUCUGCUAUAAUCCUGGCCCUGCGCUGCCAAAGCCACUGCCACGCCCUCUAGGGGAGCCCCGCCCUCCAGGGGAGCCCCGCCCAGAAGCUUCAAACCCCUGCCCCCUGCCAGAAAGCGCAGAGGACCGGUCCAGCGUCUGCCUUGCCGCCGAGAACUCCUUCCUGUGCUUUGCCCCAGAGAGCCAUCCCGAAGUCUCCACCAGUCUCAGAAUGGCCACGGCUUUGGGGUUUGCAGGCCUGAAUGAGACCGUGGGCCCCAGGAUCGGGAUGGAGCAAUGCAGCUGUCAGUUCUCCUACGCCACGUGCUUCCGUGGCCUGCAGCCCGAGACGGAGGAAGAAGACAGGGACCCGGCAGCACACCCCACAGCCCCCCUCACCUCACCACCCUCUGCAGGAAGCCGCCUGGUUCUGCCCUGGAGGCCUGGCCGGGCCCACAGCUGCAGCACCGCGCCCCUGCCCAGGAAAAGCCACAUCUGGCCGGAGUUCUGCUCCAGGGCGCUGAGGCAGCUGAGAGCCACUCCUGCCAGCACCCCGGAGGGCUUCAUCCGGCUCCUGGAGAGCCUGCUGGAGCUGCAAGACAUUUUAGAAGCUUCCUGGGGGGUUGGCCACAAGCACCCCCCGGAGAAGUGCACCUGGCACUUUUCCGAAAGCCGGAGCCGCCUCUGCAUGGGCUCCCAGAAGCUGCUGUCCAGCUGUCAGCACGUGAUCAGGAUGGACCAGUCCCCCGAAGAGAUGCAGGGGGCCGUGCGCGACACCUUCCAGCACCUGGUGCAGCUGGCCGGCCUGUGCUUCCAGCUCACGGACUGCAGCCGCUGCUCCGGCCGGCACAGGGAAGCGGCCGGGAACCUGAGGGACGUGGUGUACACCUAUCACCAGUUUGUGGAGGCUGCCAGACUCACCUGCGAGAGGGGCUACCACGACCUGAGCGUGAAGCUCUUGGCCCGCCACUGCACGGCCCUCACGGCCGCCGUGUUCUGUUUGACCCAGAAGUUCCGGGCGUCCACCGCCCUGUGAGCCCAUCCACUGCGAGGAGGCCCCCUGCCUGCCCUGGACACCGCUCUGGACACAGCCCUUCCGGUCCC